UUUGAAGACCGAGAUGACACAGAAUGAGAGAGAGUGUGUGUGAUGGAGACUGUGAGCAGAGUGGAUGGUGCAGUAGUGUCAGGAGAGCUUGUAGGUGAUGGAGGUGAUGGAGGUGUGGGGUCUGUGGAGCUGUGUCUGACCGGAGGCUCUCCGUGGGGCUUCACUCUCAGAGGAGGACUGGAGCAUCACGAGCCGCUGCUCAUCACCAAGGUGGAGGACGGGAGUCGAGCGGCGCUGGGUCGACUCCAGAUCGGUGACGAGAUAGUCAGUGUGAACUCGGUUCUUCUCAGCGGUUACAGACUGGAGGCCAUUUGUCUGGUGAAAAGCUCACAUAAGAAGCUCUCUCUGGGAAUAAAACGAUGGAGCCACAAUGAUGGGCUGGGUCACGCGGUGUCGAGUUUCUCCUCAGCGUCUGACGGAAGGUGUAGCUUCACUCUAUAA